GGAAAGUGUCAUUUGCUCGCUAGUUAGUUUGCCGAGCGUUUUGGAGUAAGAUUUGUUUACAUAUUUCUAUCGUAAGGUUUGACAUUUUAGACAACUCUUGCCGUAUUCACGUAUUAGUUAAGCAAACAGCUAUGGACGAUAAAGUUAAGGAAACAAGCUAACGUUAGCUGAACGAAUGUCUUUCAGUCAGUUAAAAUUGUUGGAAGUUGGCUCGUGCCUAGCUAGCUACUACAUAGCUAACGUUAGUACAGUGAGGACGGGCUGCCAGUUAUUGUGAACGUCGGAUAGCCUGCGGUGGGUCGUGGCUAGCCAUAGAAACAUCACGUCUGUCGAGUUGCUGUAAAUGUGAGGAGGUCCCCUUGUUUUGGACGCGAGGGGCUCUUUGAGAUAUCCAGCCAUGGAUCCAUUUGACAAUAACAGUACAGAGCGAGCCAACCUACCAAGGAACAUGAUUGAGAACAGCAUGUUUGAAGAAGAGCCUGAUGUCGUAGAUUUGGCGAAAGACUCCACUGCAUUUCCGACAUUUCCUGCUCUUGACCCAGAUGAGGUGGUGUUUGAGCCCCGUAGCUCACGGCUGCUUGUGCGAGGCCUGGGAGAGAAUGACAUGGACGAGGAUGAGGAGGACUGUGAGUCUUCAGCCCGUCUGUUGGGCAUGUCCUUCAUGAACCGUAGCUCUGCUCACAGAUCCAACUCUUCCCCAUACACCAGACAGGCUCCACCAAGGUCAUGUUCACGACCCUCGGCCCGUACCAUGGUUGUAUGUGUGUUAUUCCUGGUGAUAGUGGCGUCUAUGACCAUGGUACUGUACUUCUUACCUGGAUGCACCUUUACCAAGACAGGUUGUCGUAAGCCAAACAAGACCAUUCCCGUAGAGACAGUCUACCCUCUGUCCACAAAUGGCGAACUGUUUCCAUGGGCUCAGCUCCGGCUGCCUCACAGCAUACGUCCUCUCAGCUAUGACCUCACCCUGGCACCUGACCUCGACAACAUGACCUUCACUGGCUCCACUGUUAUUUCCAUGUCUGUGCUUCAUAACACCAAGCGGAUUGUCCUGCAUGGUGCUAAUCUCAACAUUACCAAAGCUACCUUUAAGCUGGGUGAUGGAGAGGCCAGUGAUGUAACUGUACUGGAGUACAAACCCAGACAGCAGAUAGCUGUUAAAUUCUCAGAGGAGCUGAAGGCAGGCCAGUACUGUGUUUUGACCCUGGAUUACUCUGCCAACCUCUCACACACCUAUGAUGGUUUCUACAACAGCUCCUACACUGAUAAAGAUGGAAACAAAAGAGUCCUAGCUGCAACCCAGUUUGAACCACUGUCAGCCAGGAAGGCCUUCCCUUGCUUUGAUGAACCAGCUUUCAAAGCCACCUUCCUGAUUAAAAUCAACAGGAAACAAAACUAUAUGACCCUUUCCAACAUGCCAAAGGCUAAAUCCACACCACUUACUGGUGGCCUCAUGCAAGAUGAGUUUGAAAAAACCAGUGUCAACAUGAGCACCUACUUGGUGGCCUUCGUUGUUGCUAAUUUCACCCCGGUCAGCAAAAAUGUCUCAAAAACUCAGGUAUCUGUGUACUCUGUGCCAGAGAAGAAGGAGCACACUGAGUACGCUAUGGACACUGCCUCCAAACUCCUGGAGUUCUACAAUAACUUCUUUGAAAUAGACUACCCCCUCAAAAAACUAGACUUGGUAGCCAUCCCAGACUUCCUGGCAGGAGCCAUGGAGAACUGGGGACUCAUCACUUUCAGAGAGACCAGCCUACUGGUGGGCAAACAGUCCUCUCCUCUGGAGAAACAAGUAGUUGCCUCGGUCAUAGCGCAUGAGCUCGCUCAUCAGUGGUUUGGAAACUUGGUAACUAUGAGCUGGUGGAAUGACCUGUGGCUCAAUGAAGGCUUUGCCACUUACAUGCAGUACAUGUCGCUACAGAUAGUGUUGCCCAAGCUGGACAUUGGUAAUUUGUUCCUGGCGGUGCGAUUCAGAGCCUUGGACAAAGAUGCACUAAACUCCUCCCAUGCAGUGUCGACCGACGUUAAUACGGCGGAACAGGUGGAAGAGAUGUUUGACUCCGUCUCCUAUGAAAAGGGUGCAUCCAUUCUUCUGAUGCUGAAUGCCUCUCUGCCAGGAGAUCAGCAGUUCAGAAAAGGUAUCAUUCAAUACCUAAAACAGUUCAGUGGAUUUAACACAGACACCAACGACCUCUGGAACAGCCUUACACAGGUCGAGGUCUCAACGCAGCACCAGAAUGUGUCAGAGAUGAUGAGCUCAUGGACAUCACAGAAAGGCUUCCCAUUGGUCACUGUGAGCCGCAAGGGAAGUCAGUUGACCCUCACACAGGAGCACUUCCUCCUCACAUCUGACAAUGCCACGCAUACUUCCAGCCUGUGGAAUGUUCCAGUGACGUACGUAAACGACAGCUGUAGUUUGGCCCCUGAGUGCAGACAGGUGUUCACUCUGAAGAACAAGACAGGUACUCUAAAGCUGCCAGAAAGUGUGAAGUGGCUGAAGUUGAACUACAGAAACACAGGUUUCUACAUCGUCCACUAUGGAAAUGAGGGCUGGGAUGCUCUCAUAGAGGCUUUGUCCAAAAAUGUCAGUGUUCUUACACAUGAGGACCGUGCCUCUCUCAUACACAACAUCUUUGCUCUCUCCAGACUGGGACGUGUAUCCUUCAAUCAGGUCCUCAGACUGUUGAACUACAUGUCCAAUGAAACAGAGACUUCUCCUGUGACAGAGGCCUUGCUACAGCUCAAUCGUAUCUACAUGCUGCUAGACAAAAGACAGGAGCAUGUUCUUGUGGCCCGCAUGAAGAAUUAUAUUACGCAUCAUUUUGGUUCUCUGAUGGAAAAUCAAACAUGGGAAGAGGAAGAGAGUGUGUCUAAACAGGAGCUGCGCUCAGCCCUGCUGGAGAUGGCCUGCAGUCUGAAUGCAGUAAAUUGUACUCAAAAAGCCAAAGCCCUGUUCAAACAGUAUGAGUCCAAUAGCACUUUACGGAUACCAGGCGAUCUGCAGCGAGUUGUAUUCACUGUGGCUGCUCAGUCAGAUGAAGGUUGGGAGUCUUUGCUCAAAAUGUACGGACAUAACACUUAUGAUGCAGAGAAGCGAAAAAUGCUACAAGGCCUAGCAUCCACUCAGGACACACGUCGUUUAGUAUGGAUUCUAAAGGCAGGUCUAAACGGGGAUAUCAUCCAGACACAGGAGUUGCCUUUGGUCAUCAGCACUGUGUGUAAUGGCUUCGCUGGCUACUUGUUUGCCUGGGAUUUUGUACAAGAGAACUGGGACCGACUCAUAGAGAAAUUCCCUGUGGGCUCCUUUGCAAUCCAGACAAUCAUUAAGUCUGCCACCUCCCAGUUCUCCACACAGGCCCACCUUGAUCAAGUACAGGGUUUCUUCUCCGGUCUGAAGGAGCGUGGCUCUCAGAUGAGGAGCGUGCAGGAAGCUUUGGAAACCAUCAGGUUGAAUCAGCGCUGGAUGAACAACAAUCUGUCUACACUCCGAAAAUGGCUCUAAUACAGGCACUCCAUCCGGUCUCGGCCCCACUAACAGGCAACUGGGGCAUGUCGUCAAGACAACAGCAGUGUUUGCACUAUUGUAGGACUGUGUCUCCUAACUCCCUUUAUCCAGGCCAGAGUAUUAAACAAAGCCAGAGGUUGUCCUCUACCUGGGUGGACAAGGUGUUUGAUUUUCUGAGAUUGGUCCUGUAAGUUGUAUUUGCUAGCUCAGGGUGGCUCUGAUUGUGUGUCUGACAGGGAGUUGUCAGAUGCAAACACACACUCCUCACACUUUAUGCUGUCGACCAAACCUCUCCUCUGCAGCUCUCAUAUAAACCUCAUGCCUGAGCAGACAAUCAUGCUUCCCCCACCCUUCUUUCGCUCAGCUUGCUCUCAGGCAUGUAACUGUACGAGCUGUAUAAUGGCCACUUCAAUAAGACUAAGUAUGAAGAAUGUCACUGUUUAUGUGUCAGUCCUGGACUUUCUCUCAACUGUCGGAUAAAUGUAGAUGCAGUUGUCAGGGAUUCCUCAGCGAUGAGAAGUUGACAUUACAGUACUUGAGAGAUGUUAGUAUUCUUAGAAUUAAGCUAACCUCGUAUCUCUGUGUCAUGAAAAUCUGUGUAGAAAUGAUAGCCGCGCGUCAAUCUUUACUGUAAUUAUUCAUAUAACUUGAAGCAUUUACUAUAUUAGUCAUGGUUUGGCUAGAAGAUUGGUUGAUUGUGCGAUAGCUUGAAGUACCAAUCUUGUGUCAGCAUCACUUGAAUGUACUGAAAAACCUUCCCACUGUGUACAGUAGAUGGCGUAGUGCACAGCAGUGCAGGUUUAAAUCAACCAAUGUGUCUUAGGUGAGAGCAGGCAGUGCACACUGGAGCCAAAUGUCGUUAGUUCUUUCUUUCUUUCUUUCUUUCUCUCUCUCUUUCUUUCUUUCUCUCUCUUUCUUUCUCUCUUCAGUCAUAAGCCCAAUUUAGCUCUAAUCAAAAAGUUUUAUUUCCAUUGCUUUUUUGCGUGCAGUGCAGUCACUGUACACGCUCAUGCUUUAACCCUGUUUGCUUGUAAACUUGUAAUUAUAAUGUAAAUAUGCUCAAUCCUACAACCUUUUUCCCUGCGAUUUUGGAUGUACUGUUUUAAACAUCAUGACUUUUAACAUUUAAAGAUUUGCUUUCUGUUGUGUGUGUAUAUAUAGUGUAAAGGGGAAAUGUAUACAGAGAAUUGAUCAAGAGUCUUGGUCAAAUACUUUUUAUCGUAUUUCCUGAUUUAGACCACCACAAGGAGGUCCUUAGCUGAUGAAUGUUUGUGUUUUAAGGGCUAAUGUGCAUAUUGAAGAUACAAAGUGUAUAGAAGAACAUUUCUAUUGGGCAUGAUUAAUCUGCCCAAUAAGAUGUUACUCAUCAGCCAAAAAAAAAUACAGAAGGUUUAAAGUUACUCCAACGUUUAGCCAGCUGCGUAGCCUAGCUAUUUAUUGAGAGAGUGUCUUUACAUAGUUCCCCAAGUUUUGCUCCAAGAUGUUAUUUAAAUACAGCUAUACCCAUCCUGAGCUUUAUUUAAAGUGAUAGUUAUUCACUUCAUCACUGAAAUUCAGGAUAACCGACCUCCAAUAGAUCAACUGAUUUUUCUUUAGAAAUCCUGGUUAUCUUCAUCAGGCUUGUAUCUGUUGUUUUUCGUUGUCAUAUUGUUGUUUAAAGUCUUUUUGUGUCAUUUAUGUAAAAACUGUGCUUGCAGGAAUUUUCAAGUUCAGAAAUACAAGAAUACAAACACCAGUAAUGAUACCUCUGUGUGCAUAGGUGGGAAACAGGUGUGGGAUGAUGUGUUAAUCUUUGCACUAGUGACUCCUAUUGGUCAAUUGAGGUGUUUGCACAAUAUCAGGGUCUGCUAAGCUAACCGCAGGACAGGUUGGGUUUUGAUGAAACUGAAAAAAGAAAAGACACACAGAGUGACACAACGGGUACUUGACGAGGCACCCGUGUGUUUACUUCCUCCCCAGGUUAACAGUGGGCAGGGAGCAGUAUGAGGAAUCACACUGCAGACAAUUGAAAAACUCCUGACGAGUAACUCAGACUUACAGGAUCUUAUUGUGGUUUAAAUUUGUAUCCACAGUAUUUCCAUUGACUUACUCCAUGCAGCCCAUCGUAGUUUCUCAGACUGUGAUAAUGUGUGGCAUUUAAGAAUAAAUGCACAUAUAAUAAUACUUUUAUAUCCUGGCUAAUCGGAACAGUAUUAUCACUCCAGACACUUUUCCCACUGCCAGGAAUCACUUCAGUUCAACUUUGUCAUCAGGAUGGCACACUGAUUUCCCACCUUACUUAGCAUGCACUUAGCAUGGACCAGUCAGAUGGCGUAGGGUCUCAGAUACAGGUGUUUUUGAUGUCAUUCUUGCUCUUAUCAGGUACGGGGUUCAAUCAAAGGUAUUGAAUCAGUGAUAAGAGAAUUGUAUGGGGUACCAGAUGUGCUAUAAAGCCCAUCAGAUUGUGUUCACUGGGGUGAAAUGCUGCAGACGCUUUUAAUAACUGUGUUGCUCUUCAUGUGAACAAAAUAUAAAUAAAGUUGUUUUCUGAAAGUA